CUUUUGUAAUGAGUCAGGACUGCUUCUCUGUUACUCUGUAUAUAUACCCGAUCAUGGACUGAACUUGAUUUUGCAGGGGGUGAGCUGGCGAAUCGUUUCUGGAUCUCGCUUGUUGUCUUUUUCUAAACUCUGCCCGGUUAUCAAUCAAAUAAGAACACUCAUGGAUAUUAUGGAGAUAUAGAAAGCACGAAUGACUUGUCGAGGAUUUAUUUGACAGCCCCUCCUUGUGAUGGCUUCUAAAAGUGUUCUGCAUAUAGCUUGUGGAAUAUCUAUAUCUCUCUUCCUGAUUUGCGCAGUUACAGCACAAGAUCCUUGUGAUAGUGGCCCUUGUGUUCCCCCGUCUACCUGUGUGUCAGGAGGGGGUCGGUUCUUAUGCCUGUGCUCUCAGAGCAGAGGGGACAGUCCAACCUUCUAUCAGGGAUCUACCUGUGAUCAGUCGACUCAAUCAACUUGCGGUGAGACAUUUUCCGACACCACUGGAGAGAUUCUCAGUCCCUCCUAUCCCGCUGACUACCCCAACCUCCAGGAGUGCGUUUACCUCGUCAGGGUGCUUGGUGCGUUGGACAUCACAUUUUACGUCAAUGAUCUGGAGAUCGAAACCACUCCUGGGAGCAGUGAUAAUGUCAUCAUUGGUCCAGGAUCGACUGUUGAUGUGAAUGGCGAAGGAGCCGUUCAAUCGUCAGGGGACGCUUUCACAGUAAGCUCUGAUCAAGCGUGGAUCUAUUUCACCUCGGAUCGAGAUACGAGCUUCAGAGGAUUUAACAUCACAUAUGAUUCAGAUAGAGACAACUGCAGAGACACCCCGUGCAAUAACAAUGGAACCUGCACUGAUCAAGAGUAUGACUAUAAUUGCAGUUGCUCAGAUGGCUGGACUGACAAAAAUUGCACUACAGAUAUCGACGAGUGUGAGGUUGUAGACUGCAUCAAUGGCGGCGUUUGUGAAGACAUGAUCAAUGGAUUCACCUGUAUCUGUAUUGAUGGAUUCUUCGGCACCUUCUGUGAAAUAAAUAUAGAUGAAUGUUCACCAAACCCAUGUAAAAAUGGCGCUACUUGUAUCGACGGGAUUGCUGGAUUCUCCUGCAUAUGCGCACCAGGUUACACCGGAAUCGAAUGUGAAGAAGAUAUUAAUGAAUGCAACUCUAAUCCUUGUUUGAACGGCGGCCGUUGCUCAGAUAAGGUUGAUAGUUUUCUGUGUAUCUGCGAUCUUGGAUUGACGGGAUCCAUAUGUGAAAUAGACAUCCAGGAAUGUGCUAGCAAUCCUUGUAAGAAUGGAGGCACUUGUAGAGAAGUUGGCCUGAACGCCUACACGUGCUCCUGUGCUCCUGGAUAUUCUGGUCCAACCUGCCGAGAAGAUAUCAAUGAAUGUGCCAGCAACCCUUGUCAAAAUGGAGGAGCAUGUGCGGAUGAAAUCAACGGAUUCUUGUGUGACUGCUCUCCUGGUUUCAACGGGACAACCUGCCAAUUUAAUAUCAACGAAUGUGCAAGUACCCCGUGUCAAAAUGGAGCAAUUUGUAUAGAUGAAAUCAAUGGAUAUCGAUGUGACUGCCGGGUUGGUUUCAACGGAACGAAUUGCGAAUCUAAUAUAGAUGACUGUUUACCGAACCCUUGUCAAAAUGGAGCAACCUGUAUCGAUGGGAUUGGUGGAUUCACCUGCACAUGCGCACCAGGUUAUACAGGUCCCUCAUGUGAUGAAGAUAUCGACGAAUGUAAGAGUAAUCCGUGCCAAAAUGGUGGUAGUUGUACAGAUGUAGUCAAUGGAUAUCUCUGUGUAUGCUCACCCGGGUAUAAUGGAUCUGAGUGUACAUCAAAUAUUGAUGAAUGUGCAUCGAACCCCUGUCAGAAUGGCGGUACUUGUGCGGAUGUAAUCAAUGGGUAUCAGUGCACCUGCUCUCCAGGAUAUACAGGAUCAGAUUGCGCUUCAGAUAUCAAUGAAUGUGCAAGUAACCCGUGUCAAAAUGGAGGAAACUGUAUGGAUGAAAUCAACGGCUACAACUGUGACUGCUCACCGGGUUACACUGGAACAGAAUGUGCAUCAAAUAUCGAUGAGUGUGCAUCAAACCCUUGCCAAAAUGAUGGUACGUGUACGGAUGAAAUCAACGGCUACAACUGUGAUUGCACACCGGGUUACAAUGGAGCAGAAUGUGCAUCAAAUAUCGAUGAGUGUUCCUCGAACCCUUGCCAGAAUGGUGGUACUUGUACGGAUGGAAUCAAUGGAUAUCAAUGCGCCUGCUCUCCAGGAUAUACAGGAUCAAAUUGCGCUUCAGAUAUCAAUGAAUGUGCAAGUACCCCGUGUCAAAAUGGAGGAAACUGUAUGGAUGAAAUUAACGGUUACAACUGUCAAUGUUCACCAGGUUUCACUGGAGCAGAGUGUGCAUCAAACGUCGAUGAGUGUGCAUCGAACCCCUGUCAGAAUGGAGGCACGUGUGCAGAUGAAAUCAACGGAUAUCAAUGCGAUUGCCUGCCAGGUUAUAACGGAUCAGACUGUGAAUCGAAUAUCAACGAAUGCGCCAUUAACCCGUGUGAAAACGGAGCAAUGUGUAUAGAUGAAAUCAAUGCAUAUCGAUGUGACUGCCUGGUUGGUUUUAACGGAUCGAAUUGUGAAUCUAAUAUAGACGACUGUUUACCGAAACCUUGUCAAAAUGGAGCAACCUGCUUUGACGGGAUUGGUGGAUUCACCUGCACAUGCGCACCAGGUUAUACAGGAUCCUCAUGUGAUGAAGAUAUCAACGAGUGUGAAAGCAACCCGUGUCAGAAUGGCGCCGCGUGUACCGAUGAAGUCAAUGGAUAUACUUGCAAUUGCUCUGCAGGUUAUACAGGAACGCAUUGUGCAUCAGACAUCGAGGUAUGUCAGAGUAUCACAUGUUUGUAUGGUGGUGUAUGCACGGACUUAAUCAACGGAUAUCGUUGUGACUGCGCCCUUGGUUAUACUGGAUCAAACUGUGAAACAGAUGUGAACGAAUGUGAAAGUAGCCCUUGUCUCAAUGGAGGAGCCUGUGAGGAUGAAGUCAAUGGUUAUACGUGUAACUGCUCUCAGGGAUACUACGGGGAAAACUGUGCCUCUGUUUCCGAUGUCUGUAGACCCUGGUCAUGUUCUAACGGAGGCACAUGUGUGAGCCUAGUUCAAGGUUCUACUGACUACAUUUGCGAGUGUCCUGUUGGAUAUUUUGGAGAUCGAUGUGAAAUCGAUAUCAACGAAUGUAGCAGUCUACCCUGUCAAAAUGGUGGCACUUGUGUAGAAGGAGUCGGUGUAUACCAAUGCAAGUGCAGACAAGGGUACUCCGGUAGGAAUUGUCGAACAGUUGGGUUCUGUGACCUUUCGGGUGACUGGUACAAUGAAUGUAACGAUCGUGUAGACAUUGACCUAACUUCAACCGGACUGAUCCUUGGGGAUUACAUUACCGAUCUCGCCAACUCUACUGGUCAAGGGCCUCUAGGCCACCUCAUAGGCUACGCAUCACGUCGCUAUCAUUAUACCACCUUCGGUUUUACGCUCUCUGAAGAUGGAGGUAAGAAGGUAACCACGUGGACUGGCCAGUGUGCGCUGUGCGGGGGUGAAGAAAUCCUUUUUACGAUGUGGACUUCGUGUAAGAGAACGAAUGGCUGUGAAGACGUAAAGAAAUCAUUUGGAGUCGGGCAAGAUAGAUGGACGAGGUAUAAACAAAGUAUGGCACCAGCAAGGAAACCGUAACCCCCUCUCUUGCUUCGUGCAUGUAGAACCAUGCAUAUCGACAUACAUUUCAUUUA